AUGCAUUAUCUAGAAGAUUAUUUAGAAUUACUCGACCCGUUACCUGAGAUUAUGCGUGAAAAAUUAACAUUAAUGCGUGAAAAUGAUUUAAAAAUGCAAGCUGAAUUCGCCCAAUUAGAAGAAGAUACAUCACAAUUUCUUAGUAGUUAUCGACAAUAUCAACAGCAAUCUUCACUUUCACCAACACGAUCAAAAAUUAAUACACAACGUUCAACAUUAGUAAAUAAUACAAAUGAAGAAACAACAACAACAACUGAAACAACGGAACAACAGUUAACAGUUGAACAAUUAGCUGCACAACAACAAAAACAAGUCGAAUAUGAUAAACUUGUUGAAAGACAUCAACAAUUAAUAAAAGCUACAACAACUAAAAUUAAUUUAGCUACUGAUUCUCAUGAUAUUGUUGAACGUUAUUAUAAAAAACUUGAGAAUGAUUUAAAUAAAUUUAAAAUGGAACUUGAAGCCGAUUACUCAGGAAUAACAGAAACAUUAGAAAAACGUUUUGCAAGUGAAGGUUUUAAUGAAUAUGAUAAUACAACAGGAGAAAAUAGUAAUUUCGACCCAUCGCUAUUGGAUAUGGAACCUCUAUUUGAUCCAUUAGAUGAAAUGACAAUAUCAAGUUCAUUAACUGAUGAUUAUACAAAUCAAUCUACAUUAAGUUAUUUAAUGUCAUCACAAUCUCGUCGUUUAUCCACCGGUUUACUUCCAUCAAAUUCUUCUUCAUUAUUUAAUCGAAAACAACAUCCACAACGUCUUCUCUCAAAUGCAUCAACAUCAUCACGUGGGCGAAAACGUUUACAAGGUAUAUCAUCAACAAAUAAUAUUGGUAAACAUCGUAAACGAAGUUCAAUACGUAAUCCAUUUCUUAAUGAUUCAUAUCAAUCACAUCCACUUCAUCAUAUAUUACCGCCAAGUGAUAGUGAUGAAUCAUCAUCCGCAUCGAAUUUAUUAUCAAAUAAUCCACCAACAACUGAUUAUUUUCAAAUAAAUAAUCAAACAGCAUCACCAAAUCUAUUUGACGACGAAACAAAUGGUGGUUUUGAUUCAAGCAAUGUUUUAUCGAAUUUUCCUGGACAAGCCAUUGAUGAACGUCGAUAUUGUAUUUGUAAUGAAAUGAGUUAUGGAGAUAUGAUUGCAUGUGAUAAUCCAACAUGUCGUCGGGAAUGGUUUCAUUAUCCAUGUGUAGGAAUUGUGACACCACCCAAAGGUAAAUGGUUUUGUUCUGAAUGUGCUCAAUUACAACAGCAACAACAACUACAGCAAUCGUUAAUAUCAACAACGAAACGAGCAUCAACGAAUUAA